CAGCUUCCAGGAAGCAACAGUCUAAUCGUGUGAAUGAAAAUAACCCAAGUCCCCUGACUAAUCCCCGCCUAUCCCUUUUUAUCUCCGGGUCCAGACCGGUCGGAGCAGUAUGGAGCUGUGAGCCUGCAGGACAACAGCGAUGCAUCGGAUCAUGUCCCGUUAGGUCGAGCUGCAGCGCCUCAUCACUCUGCAGUGUAGUCGCAUAGCGUUUUAGUGAAAAUGAAUCGACAUUUCGCCGCUGCUUUUUGUUUGGCUCUUGUUUUUCUCCCCGUGCUGGGUUCUUCGUGUCCUGCGCAAUGCAGCUGCUUCUUCCACAAGCUGAGCGACGGGUCAAAGGCGAGGAGUGUGCUUUGCAAUGACCCAGAGAUCACUGUGGUCCCCCCAAACUUCCCCGCGGACACGUCGAAGCUUCGCAUUGAGAAAACGGCAAUCACGCGGAUUUCCAGCAACAACUUCCACUACCUCAACAGCCUGGAGUUUCUCUGGAUGUCUUUCAACUCUCUGAACUCACUGAACGUCGACAGUUUCCGGGGUCUGUCCAACUUGGACGAGCUCAGGCUGGACGGGAACGCCCUCACCUCCUUCCCCUGGGAGUCCCUGACGGACAUGCCCAACCUGAGGCUCCUCGACCUACACAACAACAAGAUCUCCGCCGUCCCCGCCGAGGCCACCGUGUUCAUCCAGAACGUCACCUAUCUGGACUUAUCCAGCAACAGUCUGACGACGGUCCCCGCCGACGUGCUCUCAAUGUGGCUGAGCGUGAAGCCACCACAGGAGACCGAUUCCUCCAAACUGAUUCUCGGGCUUCAUGACAACCCUUGGGCGUGUGACUGUCGGCUGUACGAUCUGGUCCAGUUUCCCAAGUCCCCCUCGUCGUCUGUGGCUCUGAUCGACACCAGGCUGAAGUGCGCCGAUCCGGAGAGUCUGUCGGGGGUUCUUUUCACCGAGGCGGAGCUGCAGAGGUGCCAGGGCCCCCGGGUGCACACGGCCGUGGCCCGUGUUCGGAGCUCACUGGGCAACAAUGUCCUGCUCCGCUGUGGCACAGUCGGAGUCCCUAUCCCCGAGCUGACCUGGAGCCGCGCCGAUGGCAAGAAAAUGAAUGGCACUGUCCAGGAAGAGAUCUCAAAGGAGGGCAUCAUUUGGUCGAUUCUGAGCGUGCCUGCAGUCUCCUACCGUGACUCUGGGAAAUAUCUGUGCAAAGCGACCAAUUUUGUGGGCACCGCAGACGCCGUCAUCUCCUUGGUGAUCACAGAUUCUUUUCGGUCAGAGGAGACGGCUGGUGGCGUGUCCAAGAGAAACAGGGGGAAGAAACCUGGCGGCAUUGGAAGAGCAGCAUACCAGGAGAAACUUAUCGCCCGAUACGUUCCUCCACCAACCACGGCAGCCGGACAGCCCAUCAUCGAACCUCUCAAUGGCAAAGGCGCAACCGGAAAGUAUGAGAUCGAGAGCUACAGCGUCUCUGACAGGGCCUCUCGGGGACGGGGCAAGGAGUCAGGCGCCCAGAAGCCAGUGGAAGUGGAGCGGGAGGCUUUGAGCAACUUGGCAGCCAACGCCUCAUCCUUGCAGCAAGCUCCAGAGAAAAGGAUAGUGCGUUCCGUGAAAGUAAUCGGUGACACCGACCACACUGUCUCUCUGAACUGGCGAGCCCCCACGGCCACAAAUGUCACAGAAUUCAGCGUCCUUUACGCCGUGUUCGGUGAGAGAGACAUGCGUCGGGUCAACGUGGGCGCUGGAAAGAACCGGAUAACCAUUGAGGGCCUUGUGCCCAAAACAAAGUACAUUGCUUGCGUUUGCGUGAAGGGCCUGAUCCCGAAAAAGGAGCAGUGUGUAAUCUUCUCAACAGAUGAGGCGGCCAGCGCGAGUGGCACUCAGAAGCUCAUUAAUGUGGUGGUGAUAACGGUGGCGUGUGUGAUCGCCGUCCCCCUGACACUCAUCGUCUGCUGCGGGGCGCUCAAGAAGCGCUGCAAAAAGCUGAUGGGGCGGCAGUCCAAGGAGAUCCAGGACUCGUACGUCACGUUUGAGACCCUCGGCCCCGGGACCAAGACGAAAGGGAUGGAGGGCGAGUACCUGACGAGGCAAAACCCCGAUGAGUCCAACCGGCUGCUCUCAGCGAGGUCCAGUGUUGACUCGGAGGCCACAGCCAGGACUGAGGGGCCGCCCAACGAGUACUUCUGCUAAAAUGUAAACGUUUGCCUCAACCUCCCGAGGAUGCACUUUGUUUCAUAAUGGCCUGUGAUGUGAAUAGGUAAACCGUGGUGCACGGACUCAAAAGUCUCUUUAAGGGGUCUUCAGAGGACGCUGUAGUUCUGAUAAAUAAAAUUUGUUUCAAAGCCUUGUGGGGGGAAAAAAUCCCACCAUUCAUUUGGUGGGCAGAAAAUAAGGGAAAAUGUACACAGCGAUGGUUUCAAAAUAUUCAUAUGGUGUAUAAAUAAUUCUUUUUUUUUUAAAUUGAUCAUGCACUUUUGAUGUUUGGCAGAGGGAAUUGUCUUGAAAAGUUCCCCUUUACUGUCUGAAAUCCAAAUAUGUUUCCAAGAUGUAGCCUAACCUCUGCACUAUGUUCAAAUCUUUAUUUAAAACACUAUUCAUAGAAAUAAUGAUUAAGCCGUUAUUAGUAUUUUUUUUGUAUUUUGUUAAUGUGCCAGGUUUAUUGUUGGGUCAAAAAACCUAAAUACAUUUUAUAACGUGUAAAUAUUUGUGACCUGA